CAGGCCUAGAGUUUAAUCAGGAAACACACAUCUGUAUACAGUAUAAUCUACCUGCAAAGAAACCUCAAAGUCUACCACUAGAGAAGUGCUAAAAACUGAAUCAGACAAAUCUACCUACAAGGAGUUCACACAGUUUCUUUUCUGUCUUCCUACUUUUCGACCAUGACUGCCAGACAGACAAUGAUGCUUCUGGUAGCACUGGUCCUCUCCAUGCCAGUUCUCAUUCAUAGCUUCAAACCACUCUUCUCAUCACCCUCACUCACUCACCGUGACAUCACACAAAGGGCAGUCCUUCGUAAGACAGCGGAGGUCUGCCGAGAUAUCGCUGCUUCUAAGGGACUGGACUUCAGCCUGACUAUUGAUAACAGCUUGUCAGUCGAAAUGGUGCAAAGGGCCUGCUCAUCUGCAGGGACCUCCACAUCUCUCCUUUCCACCAUCAAGUUUGUAACUUCCAUUGCUACUAUGUACCUCAGCAAUGCAAUAGUGGACCAAAUGUUUGUGCUGAGUGCAGAGCGCCAUUUUGACGAUGAGACCUUCCAGAAAGGACGGGAUAUCAUCACAAAAGGUGUGUCUGCGGUGAAGGCCAGCGUCAAGCUAGAAAACUUUAACACAGGACGGUGGACUCUAGGGCAAAUCUGUCACACCCUACAGGACUUCUACAGCCACAGUAACUGGGUGGAACUGGGAAAUAAAGCUCCAUACAGUGCUCUGAUCAGACUUGACCAACCUCUUCAAAACCUGGCAGGACCAAGUACUCCAACUUGCAGAAAUUGUAUAGGAGACAACUGUACUAACAACAUUCUGCCUGACGUGCUGCAGCGAGGGCUUCUGACUUCAGGCUACUUCAACAUCUUCUUCUCAUCAAAACCUGCAGGGAAAUGCAGCCAUGGUGGAUUUUUUGACCGCACAAGCAGGAAGGAUCCAGUGGGGGGCAUCAAUAAGGAUACCUUUGAUUCCAGUCAUGGCUUUCUUCACUAUGAUGCAGCUAAUCUGGCAGUUCUUGCCACUAUGGAGCUACUGGAAGACAUCAGAUUAGCUGCUGGGGACAGAAACUUUACGAGAUUGAUGGGCCUCUCCCAGUCUCCUGUGUUGUGUUUUGUCAUAGACACAACAGGCAGUAUGGGUGAUGACAUUGCUGAAGUAAAGAGGGUUUCUUCUGACAUCAUCAACAGAAGAAGGGGAACAGAACAGGAACCCUCUGCUUACAUAUUGGUACCUUUCAAUGACCCAGAUUUUGGACCACUGAUUAUGACUGCUAAUGCAGACGUCUUCAAAGAACACAUCAACAGACUGACUGCAAGUGGAGGAGGAGACUUCCCAGAAAUGGCUUUGUCUGGACUGCAGCUUGCACUGACAGCAGCUCCACCCUUCUCUGAGAUUUUUCUCUUCACUGAUGCUCCAGCUAAAGACAUCUAUCUGAAAAGCACCGUUACUGCCCUUAUAGGGAGCACCAAAUCUAAGGUUACUUUCAUGUUGACAGGUAUCUCGCUCAGUCGACGGCGUCGCAGAACACCACAGGGUGUGGCUCCACGUGCAAUGAGUCGAUCUGAUGUCCAGGUGUACCAAGACCUAGCUCAAGCCUCUGGAGGUCAGGCCAUUCGGGUCACUAAGUCAGAACUCUCUCUGGUUACCAAUAUUAUAGAAGAUUCAUCAGCCAGCGCCGUGGUGACAGUUUUUCAGGCAGCAAGGAAUCCUGGAAGGCCUGACAAUUUUACUUUUACUGUUGAUGGUUUAUUAAGGAACGUAACUGUUUACAUCACAGGAGCCUCACCUCUCACCUUCAGCCUCACCAGCUCCACAGGUGUAUCUCAGAAUUCCAGUCAGUCCAGCGGUCCUUUGGCAUCCUUCACCAAAACAGGAAACUUGCAUCAUUUAAGCCUCAAUGCUGAUAAUCAAACAGGGCUAUGGCAAAUCAGCAUUAGCUCAAACAACCCCUACUCUGUUAAGGUCACAGGUCAAAGUUCAGUGAACUUCAUUUAUAACCUUGUCGAAGAGCUUGAAGGAGCCCAUGGGGACUUCAGUCUGAAGGAAGGACGUCCUCUCUCAGGUGGUAAUACCAGCAUCUUGAUCACAGUGACAGGAAGUGACACAGUAAAGGUCACUGAGGUCACUCUUUUUGACAGCUCAGGUCUAACAGAGGUCAAUGGAUCACUGCAGUCAUUAGGAAGUGGGAAUUUCCUGGUGACAUUUAGUGGAGUCCCAGCAGGUGAAUUUGUGCUUAUCCUGAAAGGAGAGGACAGCAGCUCCACUUCUAAAUCCACUUCAAGCACCUUUCAGAGACAAGCGUCCACGCAGAUCAAGACCACCAGCAUCUCUGUCACUACCCAAGCCAAUAAUACCAACAUAGAGCCAGGCACCACUAUCUCCAUCCCAUUCACAGUCUCCACAACUACUGGUGGAGUUAUUGAUGACUCUGGAACUGGGACGUUUACAGUGCGAGUCAGCAAUGACCGCAGCUAUGCUUCUACUUCACCUACUAGUGUUACUAUUUUAGCAGGAAGUGGAGGUAAAGCCAAUGGUACUGUGACCCUAACAGCUCCAUCCAGUGCUGCAUCAGGAACUGAUGUGACCCUUACCAUUGAGGCAGAAAACGCUGCUGCCACCGACAUCAACUAUGCUGUUCUCAGGUUUUCUGUGGCUACCAAGGUGACAGAUGUUAACCCUCCAGUGUGCGAGGUAGUCAGUACAUCAGGAACCUGCGCCUCCUCUUCAUCCCUCUGUGCUUCCUCCCAGUGGGAGUUCAUUGCUAAUCUCACUGAUGGCAUCAAUGGAACUGGCAUUGAGAGUGUCACCAUCCGCCAAGGGAAUGGUACUCUGAAUAUUAGCACAGCAGUUGGAUCAGGGGGUGAAAACAUUACUGCAGUUGCCUAUAUUGCCACCUGCUGCUCACAGACAGUGGAGCUGACUGCUGUAGAUAGUGCAGGAAAUGUGGGGACAUGUGUGGGAAAGGCUGUAACUCUUACCACUCCUGUGACAACAACUAGUCCUGUGACAACAACUACUCCUGUGACUACAUCUGCAGUUAAAACAACAUCCUCCAGAGGGCACACUUUGAACAUAUCAACCAUCCUUUGGAUCAGUGUCCUGUUUUCUGUACCCUGGAAGUGAAAGAGAACAAAUGGGAAUCACUCUGUAAAUAUGAAUGUGUGAGAUAUGAAUAAAGUGACCUAUCUUUGAUUGCCAAGUUGAACAAGCUAUGAAGCAACACACUGAGAAAAGAGGACCCCCUGUUACUAAGACUUGCUCUUACUGUAGAUCACAUUUGUGUGCUAAAAUUACCAGGAUUUUGAAGAAAAAAAACAUCAAGUUGUCUGAAACAUAGCUAGUAAAUAAAUUCCUGUAAUUCUUUUUAAAACUAUCUUACAAUACUUUAUUAGCAGCUUUUUGGCCUGGUAAUUUCUGUACUUUUAA